CCCAAAUUCAUCCCUUUCCCACACCUUCGAUUCAUUAGCAAUCCUCUGAAAUCGUAAAUUCUCCCAAGAUGCAGAUUUUCGUUAAGACCCUUACUGGUAAGACCAUCACUCUCGAGGUCGAGAGUUCCGACACAAUUGACAACGUCAAGGCUAAGAUACAAGACAAGGAAGGGAUUCCCCCAGAUCAGCAGAGGCUGAUCUUCGCUGGUAAACAGCUUGAGGACGGCCGAACCCUUGCCGACUACAACAUCCAAAAGGAGUCUACUCUCCAUCUUGUCCUCCGUCUCCGUGGUGGUAUGCAAAUCUUUGUCAAGACAUUGACCGGCAAAACCAUCACUUUGGAAGUAGAAAGCUCUGACACAAUCGAUAACGUGAAAGCCAAGAUCCAAGACAAGGAAGGCAUCCCCCCAGACCAGCAGCGAUUAAUCUUCGCCGGUAAACAACUCGAGGACGGACGCACCCUUGCCGACUACAACAUCCAGAAGGAAUCAACCCUUCAUUUGGUCCUUCGUCUCCGUGGUGGCAUGCAAAUCUUUGUGAAGACACUUACCGGCAAGACCAUUACUUUGGAAGUCGAAAGCUCAGACACCAUUGACAACGUGAAGGCCAAGAUUCAAGACAAGGAAGGAAUCCCACCAGAUCAACAGAGACUCAUCUUUGCUGGAAAACAGCUGGAGGAUGGGCGGACCCUUGCGGAUUACAACAUCCAGAAGGAAUCCACCCUUCAUCUUGUGCUGAGGUUGAGGGGAGGGAUGCAGAUUUUUGUGAAGACCUUGACAGGGAAGACGAUCACUUUGGAGGUGGAGAGCUCGGAUACCAUUGACAAUGUGAAGGCCAAGAUUCAAGAUAAAGAGGGGAUUCCACCAGACCAGCAGAGGUUGAUAUUUGCAGGAAAACAGUUGGAGGAUGGUCGUACUCUUGCAGAUUACAACAUCCAGAAGGAGUCGACCCUUCAUCUUGUUCUCCGUCUGCGUGGUGGGUUUUAAGGCUCUUGUUAUGGUGGUUGUGUGUGAUGUUUGGAUUGACAAAAUAUCAGUGGUUUGCUUUUGGUGAAAUAAAAAAACUAUUUGGUUUUAUGUGAAAUAAAAAUGUGUUCCUAUUAUUUCUAGUCA